GGACUGCGCCCAAGUUCUGGCGAGCGCAGGACGGCGACCGAGGUCUCAGACCUGCUCCCUCCUGCAGACCGUCUGCCUCCUUCCGCGCAGUCGGGCCCGGGAGCCCCGGCACUUUAAAAGUGCCCUCCCUGCCGGGAGCCAGAGAGCAGCGAGGGGUGUGAAGGAGGAGCCACGGGGCCCGCAACAUCCUCCCGAAGGGCCAGCCCUCGCCCGUCUUCCUACCACCUUAGGGAGUUGGCACAGGCAGCGGGAUCACCCUCUCCAUGAAAGGCAGAUGUCCCUUUAAGGUUUGCCUCGCAGCUCGUGGACUUUAGCCUAAACACGGGCCCGCGGAGCUGGCUUUAUUUGUCCAUGUCUCGGACGGAGCCUGGGAGGCUGCCAGGCGCACUUCAGACACCCGAGGCGCGAAGGGGCGGACGGCGUGGCGCUGCGUCUGGGAUGUGACAAGCGUGCGUGGGACUGAGAAGCACCGGGGAUCACUCUGCGGCUCCUGAGCGCUCCGGCCGGCGGGCCAGCGACUUAGCCCCGCAGCGGCGGGCGGGCCGAGGGACCCAGCGCGCGCGCCUCCCGCGCCCGGUCCUGCCGGGACUCGUUCUGCGAUCCAGUGCGCGCUCCCCGCGCUGCGGCCGCUCCGGCCAUGGGCCCCCGGAGCCCUGCCCGCCCAGGGGUCGCUGUCGCCUGCGGAUGGCUCCUCACCGUUGUUCUCGGCGUUUGCAUGUCAUUCAAUGUCGACGUGAAGAACUCCAUGACCUUCAGCGGCCCCGUGGAGGACCUGUUCGGGUACACUGUUCAGCAGUAUGAAAACGAAGAAGGGAAAUGGGUCCUCAUCGGCUCCCCGCUGGCCGGCCAGCCCGGGAAUAGGACAGGGGACGUCUACAAGUGUCCCGUGGGCCAAGGAGAGUCGUCGUCGCCUUGCGUGAAGCUGCACCUGCCAGUCAAUACGUCGAUCCCCAAUGUCACAGAAGUGAAGGAGAACAUGACGUUUGGGUCCACGCUGGUCACCAACCCCAAAGGAGGGUUCCUGGCCUGUGGGCCGCUCUACGCCUAUAGGUGUGGACACCUGCACUACACCACCGGCAUCUGCUCCGACGUCAGCCCCGCGUUCCAAGUCGUGAAGUCCAUCGCCCCCGUGCAAGAGUGCAGCACGCAGCUGGACAUCGUCAUCGUGCUGGACGGCUCCAACAGUAUCUACCCCUGGGCCAGCGUGACCGCGUUCCUCAACAACCUGCUGGAGAGGAUGGACAUCGGCCCCCGGCAGACACAGGUUGGGAUCGUGCAGUACGGAGAAAACGUCACCCACGAGUUCAACCUCAGCACCUACUCGUCGACAGAGGAAGUGCUUGUCGCGGCCAACAGAAUAGUCCAGAGAGGCGGCCGCCAGACCAAGACAGCCCUCGGGAUAGACACAGCCAGGAAAGAGGCUUUCACGGAAGCCCGGGGCGCCCGGAGAGGGGUUAAAAAGGUCAUGGUCAUCGUGACUGACGGCGAGUCUCACGACAACCACCGCUUGAGCCGGGUCAUCCAGGACUGCGAGGACGACGGCAUCCAGCGGUUCUCCAUCGCCAUCCUGGGCAGCUACAGCCGAGGGAACUUAAGCACCGAGGCCUUUGUGGAGGAGAUCAAGUCCAUCGCGAGCGAGCCCACGGAGAAGCACUUCUUCAACGUCUCCGACGAACUGGCGCUCGUCACCAUCGUGGAGGCUCUGGGAGAGAGGAUAUUUGCCCUGGAAGCCACGGCCGACCAGUCGGCGGCUUCGUUCGAGAUGGAGAUGUCGCAGACCGGCUUCAGCGCGCACUACUCCCAGGAGUGGGUCAUGCUGGGCGCGGUGGGAGCCUAUGACUGGAACGGGACGGUGGUCAUGCAGAAAGCCGGUCAGAUCAUCAUCCCCCACAACGCCACCUUCAACACGGACUCCGCCAGGAGGAAGGAGCCGCUCGCCUCCUACCUAGGGUACACGGUCACCUCCGCCACCGUCCCCGGAGACGUGCUGUACAUCGCGGGCCAGCCCCGGUACAACCACACGGGCCAGGUGGUCAUCUACCGCAUGGACGGCGAGGACAUCCAGAUUCUCCAGACGCUCCACGGAGAGCAGAUCGGCUCCUACUUCGGCAGCGUCCUGACCACGGUGGACGUGGACAGAGACUCCAACACCGACAUCCUGCUGGUCGGCGCGCCCACGUUCAUGGGCGCGGAGAAGGAGGAGCAGGGGAAGGUGUACGUGUACUCUGUGGACCAGACGAGGUUUGAGUACCAGAUGAGCCUGGAGCCCGUGAAGCAGACCUGCUGUGCGGCCGUGAAGCACAACUCGUGCACCAGGAAGAACAAGCACGAGCCGUGCGGGGCCCGCUUCGGGACGGCGAUCGCCGCCGUGAACGACCUCAACCUGGACGGGCUGAACGACGUGGUGAUCGGCGCGCCGCUGGAGGGCGACCACGCAGGCGCGGUGUACAUCUACCACGGCAGCGGCCGGACGCUGCGGAGGCCGCACGUGCAGCGGAUUCCAUCCGGCGGGGACGGCGAGACGCUGAAAUUCUUCGGCCAGUCCAUCCACGGAGAAAUGGACCUGAACGGGGACGGGCUGACGGACGUGACCAUCGGCGGCCUGGGCGGUGCUGCCCUCUUCUGGUCCCGAGACGUGGCUGUCAUUAAAGUGACCAUGAGCUUUGAACCGAACAAAGUGAACAUCCAGAAGAAAAACUGCCGCGUGGAGGGAAAGGAGACCGUGUGCAUCAACGCCACCGUGUGUUUCGACGCGAAACUGAAGUCCAAGGAAGACACGGUUUACGAAGCCGACCUGCAGUACCGCGUCACGCUGGACUCGCUCAGGCAGAUAGCACGCAGCCUCUUCUCCGGGACGCAGGAGAGGAAGGUCCAGAGGAACGUCACCGUCCGCGGGUCCAAGUGCACCAAGCAUCUCUUCCACAUGUUGGACAAGCACGACUUCCGGGACUCCGUAAGGGUAACCUUGGAUUUCAGUCUCGUCAGUGCAGACCACGGGCCCGUCCUCGACGACUCGCUGCCCAGUUCGGUGCACGAAUACAUCCCCUUUGCCAAAGACUGCGGGAACAAGGACACGUGCGUGUCGGACCUCGCCCUGGGCGCCUCCACCCCGGACCCCCCCGGCGCGCUGCUCGUCAGGUCCCCCGGCGACAAGCUCGACGUCAGCCUCACGGUCAGGAACAAGGGUGACAGCGCCUACAACACCAGGACCACGGCGUACUACUCCUCCAACCUCAUUUUCUCCGGGAUCGAGGCGAUCCAGAAAGACAGCUGCGAGUCCAAUCACAACGUCACGUGCAAAGUGGGAUACCCGUUCCUGAGGAGAGGGGAAAUGGUGACUUUCAAAAUCAUAUUCCAAUUCAACACGUCCUAUCUCAUGGAAAACGUGACCAUCCACUUAAGUGCAACAAGUGACAGCGAAGAGCCUCCGGAAACCCUUUCGGACAACGAGGUCAGCCUCUCCCUCCCAGUCAAGUACGAAGUCGGGCUCCAGUUUCACAGCUCUGCCAGUGAAUACCAUAUUUCAAUCGAGGCCAACGAGACAUUGCCCGACGUUAUUAAUUCUACUGAGGACGUUGGACGUGAAAUUAAUAUCUUCUACUUGAUUGGGAAAAGCGGACAGUUUCCGAUGCCGGAACUCAGGCUGUCGAUUUCCUUCCCCAACCUGACGUGGGACGGUUACCCUGUGCUGUACCCGAGCGGGUGGUCGUCCUCCGACAACGUGAACUGCAGACCCAGCGACCUCCGGGACCCUCUGGGCCUCAACUCAGGGAAGAAGACGAUGACACUCCAGCCCGACGACGUCAAGCGAGGCGCCAUUCCGGACUGCAGCGCCUGCAAGCUGGCGACCCUCACGUGCAGCCUGCGCCCCUCCGACGCGAGCCGGGUAAACGUGUCCCUCGUGCUGUGGAAGCCGACCUUCCUGAAAACGCGCUUUUCCAGCCUGAACCUCACAGUGCGGGCGGAGCUUCAGAGCGAGAACUCGUCCCUGGUGCUGAGUCCGGGCAACCAGAACCGACAGCUCGCGAUUCAGAUUUCCAAAGACGCGCUGCCGGGCAGGGUGCCCCUGUGGGUCAUCCUGCUGAGUGCCUUCGCCGGCUUGCUGCUGCUGAUGCUGCUCAUCCUGGCUCUCUGGAAGGUUGGAUUCUUCAAAAGACCACUAAAAAAGAAAAUGGAGAAAUGAAGUAUUUCACAAGAGAAAAAAACAAUUAUUCAAUGAUUUAUCCUCAGGUUUGCCUCAAAUAUGUGACAAGAAAUUUAUCAAUGUAAUUAAAGACAUGGUCACAUAAAUAUACAUGAUGCAUCAGGGUUCAUCACUUGGAGAAGGACAGAUCAAGGAAGAUCCAAAAACAAGGAAAGACCCAUUUACCUUCUAUAAAACGAUGAAAACUAUUUUUAAAUAGUCACUCACUUUUGUUGAGUACUGAAGCAAAAUUACAGUGUUUGGAAGAUGACGAAUAACCUUUACAGAUGUGUUUAUAUAUUAAAUCACCAAAGUA